AUGUCCUCCUCCGCCGUCGUCCAAAGCGACGAUCUCGACAUGGAGCCUACGCUCCAGUCGAUCAUCAGCCAAAAAACCCUCCGCUGGAUCUUUGUCGGCGGCAAAGGUGGUGUGGGUAAAACCACCACCUCCUGCUCGCUGGCCAUCCAGCUUGCCAAAGCCCGCAAAUCCGUCCUCUUAAUCUCCACCGAUCCUGCCCACAAUCUUAGCGAUGCCUUCGGACAGAAAUUCGGAAAGGAAGCCCGUCUGAUUGACGGAUACGACAACCUAAGUGCCAUGGAGAUCGAUCCCAAUGGCAGUAUCCAGGAUCUCCUGGCUAAUGGAGAUGGACAGGAUGACGCUAUGGGCGGAAUGGGUAUGGGCAACAUGAUGCAGGACCUGGCGUUCAGCAUUCCUGGUGUUGAUGAGGCUAUGUCCUUUGCCGAAGUCCUGAAGCAGGUGAAGUCGCUUUCAUACGAGGUUAUUGUUUUCGAUACCGCGCCCACUGGACACACUCUGCGCUUCCUGCAGUUCCCCACAGUUCUUGAGAAGGCCCUAGCGAAGUUGUCUCAGCUCUCAACACAGUUCGGCCCCAUGCUGAACUCUAUUCUGGGUGCGCGCGGAGGUCUGCCUGGUGGACAGAAUAUGGAUGAGAUCUUGCAGAAGAUGGAGUCGCUGCGGGAGACUAUUGGCGAGGUCAACACACAGUUCAAGAACCCGGACAUGACAACCUUUGUUUGCGUGUGUAUUGCGGAGUUCCUGUCGCUUUAUGAGACCGAGCGCAUGAUCCAGGAGUUGACUAGCUAUGGCAUUGAUACCCACUCCAUUGUUGUGAAUCAAUUGCUGUUCCCCAAGGAUGGAAGCAGCUGUGACCAGUGUAAAGCCCGGAGAAAGAUGCAGAAGAAAUACCUUGAGCAGAUUGAGGAAUUGUACGAGGACUUCAACGUGGUCCGCAUGCCUCUAUUGGUGGAAGAAGUCCGCGGAAAAGAGAAGCUGGAGAAGUCAGUUCACCCCCUUUACCCUAUACCCAUUGAUGACUUGUUAUGA